CUAUUAGAAAGCAAGAUACAGGAAGCAAAAUCAAAGAAAGAUACCCUAAAAGCUCGUGCUCAGUCUGCAAAGACUGCAACCAAAGUUAACGAGAUGUUGGGGAAAGUAGAUACAAGCAGUGCUCUUUCAGCUUUUGAAAAGAUGGAGGAAAAAG